AUGACUGAGGCUGUUUUCUUUAAGUUUGUGGUUCUGCAUGCUGACAAUGAUGCAGAUCAAGCCAUCCAGAUCCAGAACCUGCUGCAGAAUAAAUUUUGUGUUAAAUCUGGAAUAACCUUUGCAGCAAUGCCUUGUAGUGAACGUGUCUUGGAAAACUUAAGUGAUGCUGUGAAUGGCUCAGCAUGGGCUAUCAUGCUAUUGACAAAUUUUCUGAAUGGAUCUUGGUAUGUAUUCCAGUCUUUCACCUUCCUUGCUCUUAACAGGAUAAAUUACAACUCGAUACCUGUGAGGCCACUGAAUAACCCACUUACCAGGAGAAGACUUUUUUUUGUUUUGCAGGCUAUUAAUGCACUGUAAGAGGAUAGUCCUGGCUUUGCUAAACAAGUGGAGAAAAUUUUCCACAAGUCUACAUACAGGCAACAGCGAGAGAUAGAGAGGGAGGAAGGAUGA